AUGACUAAACAAAACUCAAAUAAAGGAGGUACCAGCUCCAAGUCAAAUCCCACCCAGUCCCAACGUCGUCCUCUGCAGCACUUGACCUUAUCGCCAAAUAUAAUACAGGACCCUUCAGCAGAGACAUCGGGUUUGAUUGCAAAUGAACUAGCAGCUGAGAGUGACAUACUUACACCAUUUGACAACCCAAACAAAUCUACCACUUAUGGCUCAAUUGAUGCAGAGAGUGCCAAUAACAUCGCCUACACCAACAUUAAAAGUACAGGCACCACUGGUACCACAGGUACCACAGGCACUAUAGGCGCCACGUCAGAAAUCCCCAACGAUGAAAAUGACGAUCCUUACAACGGGUAUGCCCUCCCCAAGGCACAACUAUACACUGUGGUGCUGAGUUUGUUUAUGGCCUCAUUUCUUGCCGCACUCGACGCCACCGUUGUAACGACUUUACUAUCCCUUAUUGCUUCAGAAUUGCACGCUGUACAAAACAUUUCAUGGAUUGCCACUGCUUACUUGUUAUCAUCUGCCGCGUUCCAGCCAAUCUUUGGGAAAAUUUCAGAUAUAUUUGGUAGAAAAGUAUUGAUUUGCGGAUGCAGCAUACUAUUCUCAUUAGGGUGUUUAAUUUGCGUGACCAAUUCCUUGUUCUGGUUGGUUAUCGGAAGAUUUGUUACUGGAAUUGGCGGUUCCGGUAUGACUUCGAUUGGAACAAUGACAAUGUCUGACCUAGUGCCUUUGAGAGAUAGGGGAUUAUUUCAAGGCUUGGCAAAUAUCUUUUUCGGAUUAGGCUCUGCAUCUGGAGGUGUGAUUGGAGGUGUGAUUGCAGACACUUUGGGUUGGAAGUAUGUAUUUGCUUUGCAAGUGCCCUUGGGUCUAUUUGUGGCAUUUGCAAUCUAUCUGUACUUGAACUUGCCUGCUGGCUCACCAGGAUUGGGUUACCACGAUGAAGAUGUGUGGCUGAAAUUGAAACGAGUCGACUUCUUGGGCAGUUUUGUCCUUAUCAGCGCAUUGCUCAUGUUUCUCACUGCUGCUUCAAUGGGUGGUAGAGAGUUUGCGUACAGUUCAAGGACAUUUUUAGGGCUUUCCAUUGGGAGUGCAAUCUUGUUUUUGGCAUUUAUCUACGUGGAGGCAUAUAUCAGCGAAGAACCCAUUAUCCCCAUUCACCUUUUGGGCAACAGAACCGUACUUUCUUCGUCAUUAACAAACUGGUUCUUUACAAUGGCAGUAUUUACUACCCUCUUUUACGUCCCCAUUUACUUCACUUCUGUAAUGAACCUCACGGCGAGUGAGAACGGAUUGAGGUUGGUCCCUAAUUUCUUUGGUGUUUCUUUGGGAUCUGUGGGUGCGGGCUAUUAUAUGAAACAUUAUGGAAAGUAUUACAAUCUCGCUGUCGUAUCUGGGAUCCUUGUCAUCUUGGGCAUAACUCGAAUCACCAUGAUAUCGCCAAAGAUACCACUAUGGCAACAAAUGGUGUUGCUACUUCCUUCGGGAUUGGGUUACGCUUCGAUCCUCACAAUAACACUACUCGCUUUGAUCUCAGCAACACCCAUGAAGUUUCAAGCGUGUACCACCUCGAUUCAAUAUACAUUCAGGUCCACAGGCUCAACAUUAGGAGUUUCCGUUGCAUCAGCAAUUUUCUCAAACGUAUUGUUACAACAAUUGACUAAAAAAAUCAACGCCAUAGUAACCAAUGACCCAGAGAAGGCAAGGAAAAUUAUUGCCAAGGCUUUGGAUAGUACUGAUUAUGUUAAUGAAGCCCCCAAAUACGUUAGAGCAGCCAUUCGAGACUCGUAUGAGGCUGGUUGUAAAGGUGCUUUUUACUUUGCAUUGUUGACUGUUGUGUUGGGAUUUGUAUCUUCUUUAUUUAUGAGGGAAAACAAGUUGCACACUAGUCUUAAUAGAGAUUAA